AUGCAGAACUCUAGCCUCCCGGAAGAUGUAAUAGUGGUGAUCCUCUCGAGACUCCCCGUGAAAGCCCUCCUACGAUUUAAGUGCGUCUGUACUCGAUGGCGCUCCUUAAUCUCGUCCUCUUUCUUCGCCUCCUUGCACCUCGACCGCUCUAUUGCCAACCCCGCAAGGCAUUCCCUUCUUGUUCACGAACUACGCCGCCGAAACAAGCAUAUGUCACUCGAUCUCCUCACCUCUUCCCCGAACGAAAAUCUCAAUCUUGGGCUUGAUCGGGCCUACACUUUUGGCCCGGAAUUAAUUUACGCGGGUUCAAUCAAUGGCUUGAUUUGUAUGCUGGGGAACUCAGCUGAUAGUCUCUUGAUAUGGAACCCUUCCUCCAGAAUGUUCAAGACACUCCCACUUGGUAGGCAUACAGAUCCAAGCUGUCUUUCCAUAGGAUUUGGUUGGGAUACAAUUUCUGAUGAUUACAAGGUCGUAAAGAUUGGUUCUAAUUAUGAAGAUGGGAAAUUGAGAAGAACGUGGUCUGAGGUGUGGUCGGCCAAUUUAGAUUCUUGGAGUGAGGUUGAAAUUGAUCAGAAUUUCGGCCUUCUGAAGAAUUCUUGUGAUGUGAUAGUGAAGGGAUUUGCUUAUUGGUUUGCGGAGGAUGGUUUUGAAAGUGACAGGAUAUCUUUAAUUGCUUCAUUCGACAUGAGGACCGAGGUGCUAAAGCUGGUUCCGGUGCCUGAUUCUUUAGUGGGGCCGCAGAAUGAUUUUGAUUGUAUGAAUUGGAAGGAAACUUUUGCUUUGAUAGAACGCAUUUCGUCAGAGCCUAGGAAAAUAUAUCAAUGUAAAUGGAAAAUUUGUACAGAGAAAGCAUAG